AUGCCGCUCCUCCACGCCAAAAAGCAGCUGUUUGCGAACCAGCUCCCCGUGACCUACGAGACCGCGGCGCAGCAAGGCCAGGCCGGCGCGCACAUCAAGCCGCCCACGCGCGCCGACAACCCGUUUCUCCAGUACUACACGGGCGCGGAGGUGGCGCUCGGCGGCGGCCCGGACCGGCGCAUGUCCGCCGCGGUCGACGGCCUGCUCUACAACCCGUACGCGGACGCGUACGACGCGUUCCCGGCGCAGGCCGCGGCCCACCCGGCGUACAUGGCCAGCAGCCUCCUUGCGCCCGGCGGCGCGCAGCAGGCGGCCCAGCGCCGGUCGUCCGUGGCGUUUGGCGCGGCGCUGUACCACGCCAGCCCGACGAGCACGCGGCACCUCCGCCCGCAGAUCAUGGCGCCGCCGAGCGGCGGCGCGUAUGUGGCGCCCGUGCUGCCCUCGUUCGGCGCGCCUGCCCGUGUGGCCGCCCCGCGCAUGGCCCGGGUCCAAAGCAAGGCCGACCUCCGGCCGCGGGUCCACAGCCAGCCGCGGUACCGGCGGCGGUCCGUGAGCGCGACGCACAUCUCGCCCGCCAACGCGCUCACCGUGUACCUCACCGAGACGUACUCGUUGUGCCAGCCGCAGCGGUUCCGCUACUCGAAGACAUCCAACCCGAAGCGCGUGUUGACCAAGCCCUCCGAGCCCAAGUACAACAACGGCAACGACAACGAGGACAGCGACUACAUCUUGUACGUCAACGACAUGCUUGGGCCGGAGGAGGGCCGCAAGUACGUGGUCUUGGACCUCUUGGGCUCCGGCACCUUCGGCCAGGUCGUCAAGUGCCAGAACUUGGCCAACCAGUCCGUGGUGGCCGUGAAGGUGGUGAAGUCCAAGGCCGCGUACCUCAACCAGUCGCUUUCCGAGGUCAAGAUCCUCGAGUAUCUCAACCAGAACAGCCGCUCGGGCAACUUCAUCCGGCUCUUGGACACCUUCAUGCACAAGGAGCAUCUCUGUCUUGUGUUCGAGCUUCUAGCCUCGAACCUCUACGAGCUCAUCAAGCAGAACCAGUUCCAGGGCCUCAACAUGAAGCUCGUCAAGUCCUUGACCACGCAGUUGUUGAGCUCGUGCCUGGAGCUCAAAUCCUUCCAGAUCAUCCAUUGCGACCUCAAGCCGGAGAACAUCCUCCUAUGCCAGCCGGACAAGCCCGAGAUCAAGGUCAUCGACUUCGGCAGUGCCUGCUUCACUCGCAAGACCAUCUACUCCUACAUCCAGUCCCGUUUCUACAGGUCCCCCGAGGUCAUUCUUGGACUCCCCUAUACGGAGUCAAUCGAUAUGUGGUCUCUUGGCUGCAUUGUGGGCGAGUUGUUCUUGGGCUUGCCUAUGUUCCCGGGCUCCUCCGAGUAUAACCAGAUCUACAAGAUUGUUGACAUGUUGGGCGCCCCGCCAAGACACAUGUUGGACCAUGGUCGCAAUCUGUUGCAGUUCUUUGACAAGAUCCCUUCCUCAGACCCCAAUGGCAAGCCGACAUACCGCCUAAAGACAUAUGACGAAUACGUGGACUACUUGAGCAAGCAAAAGGACAAGGGAAAGACAGAACAACCCAACAAGAACUACUUCGACCAGAAGUUGCUCAAACAAAUAAUAUUGGACUACAAGAUGCCCUCGAAGAAAAUGACGCAGAGCAUGAUUGACAAGGAAUAUGCCCAGCGCCACCUUCUCAUUGACUUCUUGACGAAGGUGUUGAACCCCGAUCCUUUGGAGCGUCUCACCCCACUGGAAGCGCUCAAGCAUCCCUUUGUCAACGACGCGGUUCCCACGCAAGAAAAGUCAUUCUCGUCUGCGAAUUCCACAGUCUCGCUGACGGCGCACACGCAGACAGACUUGACCAAUGAUACGAUCAUGAAAGUCUGA